UACAUACCAUCACAACAAUGUCAGAAUCCGAUGCCCCACUGUCUGCUGCCGAAGAUGACGAUGUUGGUGUUGAUGACAUUGUCCGCCAACAUGAAAACAACGAUAACGAGGUCAUGCAGCAGGAUGAAGAUGCAGAUGUUUCGAUGGAAGAGGUUAAAGUGCCGGAGGAUGACGACGAUGAGGCCAAUACCACGGCCCAGAAGGUAGAUCCGAAAAAGCGUGUCGUCAGAAAGCUCGUGGUUCUAAACACUGAGAGGCUGAAGAGUCGAAAGGGCGUGCAUACGCUGGAGAAGCUUUACCAAGGAUUCGAGUUCCAUGGCAAGGGGCACGAAAGUGAGGAUCUUUCCCGACUCAUGAAGAAACUCGAGUAUUGGGCCUUCAGGCUUUUUCCCAAGCUCGAGUUUGACGAUUUCUUGGCCAAGUGCGAGAGCUUAGGUCACAAAAAAGACCUCCAUACUCACCUGAAAAAGUACAGACUUGGAAUGAUUGGUGAUGACUAUGAUCCUGUCGCUGAAGACGACGCCAAUGGUAUUAUCGUCGAAAACGAAGAAGAAGAUGAUACAGCCGAAACUGAAGCUGAAGCUGCAGCUGCUGCAGAAAGGGAUCGGGAGCUACGAGACAGAAUUGCUAAUGAAAAUUUUGAAAGGCUGCUGGCUGAGGCUGUAGAGAGACCAACAGAAUUUUAACAGUGGGUGCGAUUUAGAGUAAAAUUUUAUUGAUAGUUUACAAAAAUACAGUUGUGUAAUUUUCAUUAGUCUAGAAAAGAUGUUUAUUUUACAUACUUAGCAUAAAAUGUACAAAAAAUUAUUACACCUAAAGAAUAAACUUACAUUUUUUAUACCACA